GGUCGUGUCCCGUCGUAAAAAGUGAGUGGGGGUGAAAAAAAAAGCCGGGGGGAAAUAUUGGGAGACUUGAAAUUGCAUCUUAAUAUUGCAAACAAAACCGAUGUGUCGAAAAUAUCUGGCCAGCUGAAGAAAUUUUGAAUUGAAAUGUCUUAUCGUGGAGGAAGGGGCGGCGGGGGCGGCGGAGGUGGCUACAGAGGUGGAAGAGGAGGUGGCUACGGUGGGGGAAGAGGCAGCAGCGGCGGCUACGGUGGGGGAAGAGGAGGCGGCUUUAGCGGAGGAAGAGGGCGUGGUGGAGGCGGAUUCCGCGGCGGAGGUCGAGGAGGCUUCAAUAGAGGAUAUGAUCAGGGGCCUCCUGAAAGGGUAGUCGAAUUGGGAGAUUUCUUGCAUCCAUGCGAAGAUGACAUUGUUUGCAAAUGCACCUCGGAAGAAAAUAAAGUCCCUUAUUUUAACGCGCCCGUUUACUUGGAAAACAAAGAACAAAUUGGAAAAGUUGAUGAAAUAUUUGGACAGAUUCGAAAUUUUUAUUUUUCAGUUAAGUUAUCAGACAACAUGAACGCUAGUUCCUUCAGGCAACCACAGAAGUUUUACGUUGAUCCAGCAAAACUACUCCCGCUUCAGCGGUUUUUGCCUCUGCCACCUGGUGUAAAAGGUGGGAUGAGGGGAGGCCGGGGUUCCAGAGGUCGAGGUGGACGUGGUGGGAGAAUGGGUGGUUUCAGAGGUGGCAGAGGAGGUUUCAGAGGUGGCAGAGGAGGUGGAGGUCGCAGCUUCAGAGGUGGAGGAGGAAGAUGAACAUGGAUAUUUAAGAGCUGGCCAGCAGCCUCCAAAAGUAUUCUUUAUAUCUUCUACCAGUUCAUGCCUUUGCUAUUAUGGGCUAUACCAAACCGAGGAAUAUUUAAAAUCUAGUAUAGAUUUUUGUAUUACAAUCACGUCUGUAUAAUUAAUUUGGAUAUAUUUGAGGGUCCAGUUUAUAUGUAAUUUGUGUUUUAAUUCAAUAUUUUCUGAACAUAUUUAUAUACAAGGACAAAAGCAGUCAUUUGUAUUGAAUUAAAUUUACAAUGUCCUACCGAUGUAACGAUACUUAAUUUACAAAACAGAGCAUUGUGAGAUGAUUGUUCAGUGAAAUUGGUUUUAAAAUAAAUGUUUGUUGCAAAGA